AUGCCUCCCCUCAGACUCUCCCCAACAGCAGCGAUGCGAACUCUCCGCCUAUCCCAACCCAUCCGCAGCCAACCCUUCAGCGUAAUAUCCCGCAUCCGCCAAGCAGCGCGAGGUUUCGAACCGCACCCCUUCGAACGCUACCCCACGAGCACGAAAGCCGCGCCCGCAGACUGGGGACGCCAGUUCAGGAAACUGGGUGAUGCUGCGAUGUUUGCUCUGAAAUUUGGGCAGGGAAAUCGACCUAGCAAUGGUGGGGGAGGGAAGAAGCACUGGUUCCUGACGGCGGUGCUGAUUUUGGGGUGGGAUACUUGUACAUAUAUUUUUGGGGAGACGUUUUGGGAUCAGAUUGGGCAGGAGGAGUGGUUGGAUGAUGGGUGA